CAUUGCUCAACUUGAAUAGACAGAAAACAUGGUAUUCGUCCGUCCUUGGUCCUUGCGUAGAGUCCACACACACAGCUUGCCGCUCGCAGAACUUCGUACAGUUUUAGAGCCGCAAGACCCAUACGAACCCCCAUUAUUCGAUCUUUCCACGCAACUCACCAGAGAAAAUGCUCACCAGAUGGCAUUUCCGAGGGUCAUGCGAAACAGGCGGAGAGUGGAAGAGAUGGAGAGGAAUUUAGAGGAGACCAUGUUGAAGAAAUUCAAGGGGCUCACUCAGGACCAGAGAGAGGCGAUUCUAAGGAUUAUUGAUCAGAAUAGCAAAGUGAGGAGGGAUGUGCGACGGGUUAUCUAUGGGCAAGAUCCGCAGGGAGAGGACACCGACCCGUCAGAGGAGGAACAAGUGGCGGAUGACGACGUGGAUUUUCCAAUUGUUGAAGCUCACCUCCAGAGCGUCGAAGAGCGACAGAAAGAAGAGGAGCUUUCAAAACAAACUCAUACACAUGAUGGUUCAGAGUCAGUGGUUGGCAAACAAGACCUCUGUACCAACCCAGUUCAAAAGUAUUCCCAGCUUAUCGACCGUCGGAAACACGGCUCAGCCCACUUACCAACCAAUGACACAGUUAGAGCCAACAAUCAAGCCGAAGCGCUUGCAGAAAUGAAGCAAGUCACGCAAGACCUCAAAUCAUGGGUACAAUCAACGUUGGACACACCAACAGUCUUUGAUCCGACAGGCCCGCUGGCAGCUAACCCCGCUCCAGUUGAACCUUCUGACACACAGCGACCAGUAGAUAUUGAAGGCUUUGAUAUUCUGCUAAAUGCGUGCAAGCCGUCCAUCCUAGAAGCCAAACCAUCUGUUCGGCUCAACAUUGUUCGCGAGGCGAACCCGCCAGAAGCGCUUUUGCAGAGCUUGAGAGAAAAUCUUGGGCUACAGAUUGGCAAGGACAAACGACGAAGCGGGAGUCCCCGAAGACGACAGCGAGGGAUGGAAGGACAGAGCGCUGUAUCCCAAGAGGACGCACGACGAACCCAUGGAAAAUAUGGUGCCUGGUAUGUUCGACCGUCAAUGUGGAACGAGUUCAUGCGAAAGAACGAGGAGGACGCGAAGAGCAAGAAUUACGACGCAUCCAACAGCCGCCGCUUUGGGGGCAUCGUUCAAACCAAGUUAGACGAAAUCUUGGCCAACCGUGCACGAGAAGACGCUCAUUUGAACCCAAUCACCCAAGGAAGCGGUGCUGCACUCGCCGCCACAGGUUCCUCAGCAAGACCUAUCGCGCGAACACGGGGGUCACAGAGCGUUGCAACGGACGAUCCGGAGAAAAUCUGAGUUUGAUACCAAGUGGCAUAAUACCGGAUUUCUACAUUUUAGGACUAAGCUGGUUAAUAUGCACCGGUUCCGUCAUCCCCAAGCGGGAAGUGCAUACGCCUUGCCAGAUGGCAAUAGUUUCACUAGAAACCUUUUUACUGUCUGCGGCAAAAGUAUAUAUAGAGAUGUCAUCGUAGAGCCUAUUAGAGGGCAUGCCAUAUAGGAAUCGUUUCAGAGCAAAACAGUUUUAAAACCAAG